AUGUGUGUGGCCCCUGCUGGACUGAGUGUGAGGGUGGGCAGCUGCCAUUUGUCCUGUGUGCCGCCACCACACCUGCAGACACGCUGCAGCUUGUCUCAUCAAUUUCGGAACUGCACAAAACUUGGAAGCCAAAAGUUCAACAGCAUAAGCUUCUGGGGACAUCUGGCCUUCUGGAGAAAAGAGACACGCCCAAAGAGAGAACAGGAUUUAACCAAAGCAAAAGGCCAAGGAUGGAAGAGGGAAACUGGGAAGGGCGAAGCGUGGAAAUCCUUCUCAAAAAUGGACAGAGUGGAGGAUUUUUUCGCGCAGUUGUGGAGUUUUGUGACGGACAAGCACAACCAAGGCGUCUUCAACACCGUGUGCCUCGUGGUCCUGCUGACCUUGCCCCUCCUCGUCAUCCUCAGCGCCUUCAUCGUGUGCUGUCACUGCUGCUGCUGUCGCCAUGGCGAAGGAUGCUGCUGCUGUUGUGGGGACUCCAAGAGAAAGGCUAGGUCAGACACGAAAAAGAAGAAAAGCGUGACGAACACGGACGACCUGUGGAUCUCGGUGAAACCAGGGGCGAUGGCGGCGGACAGAGUUGCGCUGGGAAUGGUUUGA